AUGGCUUCUUCAAAAUUCCCCAACCUCGGGAUAGCUCUUGGCAACGAGGUAGUGGCGAUCGUUGUAGGAAAAGAGAAGCGCAAGUUCGUUCUGCACAAGCAGCUGUUGUGCUAUUCCGUGCCAUAUUUUCGCCGUACUUUCUCGGCUGGAUGA